AUGGUGCCCAAGGCGACGUCAGGCGACUGGCAACUCUGUGGCGACUAUCGUGCCCUCAACAGCGCCAUCAUUCCUGAUCUGGACCCCGUGCCUCAUCUUCAAGACUAUGCUAGAGCCGUUUUCGGCAAAGCGGUUCUUUCGAAGAUUGAUCUGGUGCGUGCUUUUCAUCGGAUUCCAGGUUCCCUGAGGGCAUCCCUAAAACCGCCGUCACCGCACCCUUCGACCUCUUCGAGUUCACCCACAUGCUGUUUGGUCUUCGUAAUGCCGUCCAAACGUUCCAGAGGGUUAUCGACCAUGUCUUACGUGGGCUACCCUUUGUGCACGCCUACAAUGAUGACCUCUUGGUGGCCAGCCGGAAUAAGGAAGAACAAAAAGAGCAUCUUGCCCUGGUGUUUGGCAGCCUUGUCAUGUUUGGCGUUGUCAUCAACCCCCCAAGUGCGUGUUAAGUGUGCCUUCGCUCGAGUUCCUCGGCCAUCAGGUCGACUCUGAAGGUUUGCGUCCCCUCCCCCCAAGGGUGAAGCAGUUCGUAAUUUCCCUCCACCAACUUCCAAUCGUCAGUUGCAGCGAUUCCUCGGCAUGGUCAAUUUUUACCGCCGAUUCCUACCGUACUGUGCUGACCUGAUGCUAUCGCACACCAACACGCUUUCUGGUGCCGAAGGCCCCUUCGAGCUGACUGGUGACGCACUGACUGCUUUUGAGAGAAUCAAGAAUUCCCUUGCCGACACCACCUUACUCACGCAUCCCGCUCCAGAAGCUCAGCUGUCCCUGAUGCCAGAUGCCUCGACCGUAGCCGUAGGUGCAGUCCUUCAACAACACUUUGCUCGUUCGACUCGACCACUUGCCUUUUUCUCCAUUUACCAUUACCAUUAUCGUCACAUAUACUGA